GGAGUAAUAAUGUCUUCAGUGCGAGUCGCGGUCCGAGUCCGUCCUCUGAACAAAAGAGAAAAGAAGCUCUCAUCUCAAAGGAUAAUUCAAAUGAACGGGAACACGGUAUCUAUUCACAAGUCUUCACUUGCGGGAGGAAACGAGCAAAAUGAAAAAGGAAAAUCCUUCACAUAUGACUUCUCCUAUGACUCGUCUGACAGACAAAGCCCCACGUUUGUGUCCCAGGAGAGGAUUUUUCAAGAUUUGGGCUGUGAUGUCCUUAAAGCUGCGUUUGAAGGUUUUAACGCCUGUGUGUUUGCCUAUGGACAAACGGGCUCAGGAAAAACCCACACCAUGAUGGGUCACGAGGAGGAUAGAGGUUUGAUCCCAAGGGUCUGUGAGGGCUUGUACAGGGAAAUGGCUCAAAGAAGCAAGACUGACGUGUCGUUCCAUACGGAGGUCAGCUAUCUUGAGAUCUACAACGAACGAGUGCAGGACCUUCUCAAGAAGAAAACACUCACUGAAGGAGGACUGUUGAAAGUCAGAGAGCACCCAAAGCAUGGACCUUAUGUCGAGAAUCUAUCCAAGCAUUUGGUUCACAGCCACAGUGACAUGGAGGAGCUGAUCGUUCUGGGCAAUGCCCACCGCACCACGGCCGCCACGGGCAUGAAUGACUCGAGUAGCCGCUCCCACGCCAUCUUCACCAUCAUGUUCACGCAGGCAUGGCUCGAUGCAGAGCUGCCUCGAGAGACGCUCAGUAAGAUCCACCUGGUCGACCUGGCAGGCAGUGAGAAAGCGGACGCCACGCGCACUACGGGCAUCCGACUGAAGGAAGGAGCCAAUAUUAACAAAUCCCUGGUCACCUUGGGCAGUGUGAUUUCAGCUCUGGCUGACCUUGGUGUGGGAGAGCAGUCAACAAAGAAGCAGCAGCUUUUCAUUCCCUACAGAAACUCUGUGCUGACGUGGCUCCUGAGAGACAGCCUCGGUGGGAACGCUGUGACUACCAUGAUAGCGACCAUCUCUCCUGCUGAUCUGAACUACAUGGAGACCCUGAGCACCUUGCGCUAUGCCAGCCGAGCGAAGAACAUCGUGAACUCUCCCACGGUGAAUGAAGGCGGCAGCGCCAAGGUGAUCAGGGAGCUACAGGCAGAAGUCAAGAGACUCCAACAACUACUGGAAGAAAGAAUCCAGGUAUUCCAUGAAAAGUCCCCCCCGGUGAAGGUGAAGGAGUCGCUGCAUCAAAAUGAGUCAAAGGGCGGCGCCCUGUGUUUAGUCAACGGCUCCGUGGUCACAGACUCCUGCCAGCUGACUCAGGGUGCAAUCAUACAGCUGGGGCGAGGAACCAGACUCCGGUUUAACCAUCCGGCUGAAGCUUCCCAGCUGAGAGAGAAAAACCAGAGCGGCUUGCUUUCUGCCACCACUCGGUCUCGGGCUGACUUAUCCACACCUACUGAGAAUCAGUCCAGGGUGGAGCUGCAGAAUGGACGGAGGUUUGAAGAGGAGCUCAGUCAGCGGGAGGUGGGAUGGAAGCACACUCCGGAACGCUUGAACAGAUGCAACGGGGACAUCAAAAGACCUCCAAAGGAAAGCAGUGGGGUUUCACAUCAACAGGCAGAAGAAGAGGAGAUUGAGAGGGCAGAAAGCAGCCUUUUCACCCAGAUGAAUAUGUUGGCUGCAGACGCAGCUGAGGCCGAGGAGCCACACAUCAGUUUCACCUCCACCACAACGCAGGAGUUCACGACCACAGCCAUACCCGGAAGACAUCCUGUCCCUCACACCGGUGUUGAGGUGGAUGGAGACAGUCUGCAGGGUGGAGUAAACACCAGGGAUGGCCAGGAGCAGGAGAGAGACUCGUGUCAUAAAUCAGGGCCACGGCUGCAGACACAAGCUCAGACAGAGGCUGGUUUUGCAAGUUAUAAGGGAGAGGAGUUUGGGUCAGGGGAUGCCAGCCUCCAGCAGACAAGUGUCCUGGGCCUGGGUGAUGGAUGUGGCGUGGAGUCAGGGGGGAAUGCUAAUGAGAUCCACGCUAUCGUGACUGGCUGCUACAAGGAGAGACCUGACUCUGGUGGGAGCUCAUUAGGCAGCAUGUCCCACCUGCAGAGUGGUGGAAGCACGAGAUCCACAUCGGUCCUCCCACGAACUCUGCUCGACAGAAACCCUCUCAGCAGACAGGCGGUGUGCUCUACACCCAAAGAAACCACCUUCAAGGACCGGUUCAGCUGUGGAGAGAUGGAUAAAUCUGGAGAGCUGGGGAUCCCAGGAGUGGAUGGAACACAAACCGCAGCAGCCACAGUUAAAAACUCAAGACUGGGCUCUUUAUUCAGCAGAGUUUCUUUGGUUGUCCAAGAUGCAGGACGUUUCAUUUGGAGCGCUCCCACUGCGCUACAGCAAAUCACAGAAGUCGGCUUGCGACCCACUGGGUCCCGCUGGUCCAGCCAGGUUAUCUCUCUGGUCUUGAAAAGCAAUGCUCUGCCUGUAGUGAUGAUCGGCCAGGUCUUCUCUGUGGUUGGAGGGAGCUUUGUCUUCUCUUUGCUGAGAGAUAAUCACAUUUUCUCCAUGGUGAAAGACCUACCGCUCAUACAGCACAUCCAGAUGAACAUAACUCAACACCUCCAGCCCAAGGAGGCAGCACACAUGAUUCAGAGCUGCAUUAAAUCUGAGAAAGCACAACUUCCAGCCGUGACACCAAGAAAAGCCUUGAGCAGGGUAGAAGAAUUGCCUAGUGAUGUGCAGCCAACCCCAAAGGAUAUCUGGGAAAUGAAUGGCAGCCCCGGUGAUCUGCAGUGCCCAGGAGAACCGGACACAGAUGAUGUUCAUUUAAAGCAGCAGGAAAGAAAUAUGACAGAGCUGCUGCCAAUGAAACACAUUGAGUCCACCCAUGCAACUGAAAACACAGAGCAGGCUUUAGAGCAGGCUUCAGAGGACUCGACUCCUGUUGAAGUCAGUAUUCAAACGCUGAUUGAGUUUCCUGAUCUGCUUUCAAACCUCCAAACUCUGUCACUGCCAGACAUGACAGACGCUUUGACGUCCGUCAUCUCGGCCGCGGUGCUGAACUCUCAGAAGAUCGUCGGUCUCCACUGGUUAAAUGCGGCCAAACGCAGCCAGCCCGAGCCCCGGCCCGCCCUCCUGAUUCUGACGGAAGCUGGACUUUACACUCUCACCGCCGACUCCGGACGCUUGGUGGUGUUCCAUCGCCUCCCUCUGCUGCGCCUGAAGGAGAUCCGUAUCGGCUUAGCCGGACAGAGCGUCCGUUUGAUGGGAACUACAGAGGAGAGUAUCCUGGGCGUGUACACGUACAGCCAGAGCUGUACCAAAGAGCUGUGCAGGGCAAUACUGGAGGUCAGCCGCCCCGGGAACAGCAGGGUCUCUCAGUCCCCGCUGCUCAGUGGAAACCUGAUGAAAAUGUCUUUAGAUUGGCAGAUUAGUGUACCUGACCUGCUGCUGGACGCUGGUUUGAGGGUUUGCUGUCAGUUUCAGAAGAGUCUUGCUGAUCUGGUUUAUCUUCUUCACUGCAACAUGGAUAAGACAGCAGUUCGUCUCGGAGGAGUGCAGCUUUUACUCUACACAAGCGUGGCGGCGUGCGUCAACUCCGGCGCCCAGAGUGAACGUCUGGCACAGUUUUUACUCACGGACACACACUUUGGUCUGGUGAGAGAAGACGCUGUCGUGGAGUCCGCCACCGUCGAGCCCAGCCGUCCCCGAUUCCACGACUUGACUCUCCGUCGGUGCUCGGAUUUGCGCUGCAUCCUCGUGCACGAUGAGGACGAGAGAGGAUGUGUCAGACUGGAUCUUAUCCUCACAAACGCGAGGGGCAGGGGUCACCCUGAAAGUGUGCCUAAAGCAGCUAGCCCGUCUGCACGUGUCUCAGAUUCAUCUUCCCUUGCAGAAGUGUGGAAAUUAACUUUCCGCUGCUCCGCCGAGGCCGCCUGCCUGAUUAAUCACUUGUCAAACGUCUGAUCAAGGACCGAGCGGCCGGUAAUGAACAGCCCAGCUUGAAAACUCUCACUCACAGGGGGCAAUGGCAAAAGUGCAAGCCAA